GAGGGGCCACAGGCGUCCUGCCCCCACCACGAGUCCACACCUCCCGCAGAUCACGAUGGGGGUCCCCUCUGACCGCCGCCCAGGGGCGAGUGACAGGACUCUGCGGAAGCUCUUAAUAAUAAAUUAAUAAUGCCCACUUAGGAGAGUGUGAGGAUUAAAUGAGAAAAAUCAUUCCUAAUACUUGGCGAAGAACCUGGAAGCCAAAAAAAUACUAAUAAAAGGCACUUGGCGUUGCAAAUAGACUGGAGGGACGUGACCAUUAAAAAAAAAAAAAGAUGAAGGUUUUCCAGAUGAUUUGCAGGCAGCUUAGAAGUUCAAAGGGGUUUUCUGUGGAACCAGCCCCCUGUGUGGGUUUCUCUACUACCUCUUCAUGUGACUGGAAGAAAAAAGUGAACUCUUACGAAGAAGUGGACCAAGAUAAAUAUUCAGAUUUAGUACAAUCCAUCUUGUCGUCCAGAGGCCAUGCUCAGACCCCAGAAUCACUAUUCGAAGAAGAUGCUUUACUCUAUGGGCCUGUGAGUAAGUGUAAGCCGCCACCGCAAGAUGAUCAAGGAAGAGUUCCACGAAACUGGCUUCCUCUCUUCAAUCCAGAGAGAAGUGUAAAGUCAAAUACAAGUGACCCUUCAAUUCCGUUGAAAAUCCCUUUGAAAAAGAAUGUGAUACCAAGUGUGACCCGGGUCCUUCAACAGACCAUGACAUCACAACAGAUCUUCUGUUUGGCGAGAUGGAAGCAGCGGAUGAUUCUGCAACUGGGAGAGGACGGCUUUGCAGAAUAUACUUCAAACACAUUUUUACAAGGGAAACGGUUCCAUGAAGCCUUGGAAAAGAUACUGUCACCUCCAGGGAACUUAGAAGAGAGAGACGAAAACCUCCUCAAAUCUGGCUACAUUGAAAGUGUCCAGCAUAUUCUAAAAGAUAUCAGUGGAGUGCGAGCUCUUGAAAGUGCCGUUCAGCAUGAGACACUAAAGUAUGCAGGUCUGCUAGACUGCGUGGCUGAGUAUCAGGGCAAGAUGUGUGUGAUCGACUGGAAGACAUCAGAAAAACCAAAGCCUUUUAUUCGAAAUACUUUUGACAACCCACUGCAAGUUGUAGCAUACGUUGGUGCGAUAAACCAUGAUGCCAACUAUAACUUUCAGGUUCAGUGUGGCUUAAUCGUGGUGGCCUAUAAGGACGGAUCCCCUGCCCACCCACAUUUCAUGGACCCAGAGCUCUGUUCUCAGUAUUGGCCCAAGUGGCUUCUUCGACUAGAAGAAUAUAUAGAGAAGGAAAAGAACCAGAAUAUUCAGAAACCAGAGUAGAAGUCAGGAGGCUGUUUGGGAACCUGCCACACUUUGACACAGUUUGGGAAGAUACAUUGCUGUCUACUGUGAUCUACAAGUGGAGGUGCCACGGAAUCUGAAAGCUACAUUAAGGAGUGGAAGUGUUACUUUGUUGAAAUGUAUUGCAUCCAAAACAACUGACAGGACAGAAAAGUUUAGAUUUAAAGAGCUGUACUUCAAGCACAUAAAAUACCAAGUAUGCUUCCUCCAACUAUUAUGUCCCUGAAAGGGCAAGCAGGAUCGGCACAGCUCUGGUGACUCCCUGCUCCCCUGCAGCCUCUUCUGUGUCCCAGGCAGGAUGCCCAGUUUUGGAAUUAGAGAUUCAAAGCAGGGUGGCUUGGUGUGCCGAGCACACAGAGGUCUAUGCUUCUCUUUUCCCUGAGUGUACACCAUGGUGGAGAGGGGUGACACUCAACCUUAGGGCAUGCCUGGAGGAAGAAUUCACAUCAGCUAACUACUAUUUACUACUGCCAGUGCAGUUUCUUUAAAACUUUUUCUAUAUAUUGGGGCUCUGUAUAUAUUUCAUUUGGGGAAAGGCUUCCAUUUAAGAUUUUUGAAAAAAUAAAGUGUUUACUUAGCAUCAAGCAAACAUUGUGGCCUGGGAAGAUGAAGCAUAUUCACCAUGUUGUUGGCAAUGCCCCCUUGGCAUUCUGCCAAAUAACCCCCAGAAGUAGCAAGACCUCAGUUGUAUCCUUAUAUCCUUAAUUGCGGAUGUUUUAGGAGCUACAUGCGGGUUUGAGUCAUUGGAUCAUGUAAAUAGAAAAAAAUCUGUGGAAUUUUUCACUUGUGGGGGAACAACAAUAAAAUCUAUUGAUUUUAUUAACAAUUAUGAUUGUCACUGGGUUCAGGAAACUUGAGUAAAUGCCCACUAUAGCCCUGGGGGGGGGGUUCCCCUGAGGGUCUGUUCGCAUUUAAGUUGCUGUCCUGAAAUAGUGGGCUGCUACCGUUGCUUUUUCCCUUUCGUUGGCCAUUAUUUAUGAGAAAUAAAAUUCAAGAUAAGAGUAAAGUAAUGCAGCUUUUGGGUUUGUUUCUUUUUUUUUAAAUUUAUGUUUACAGGAUAAUUUCUU